AUGGGCGAGGCAGAAGCUAAGGGGUCGAGGGACAUGGUUAGGUUCCCGGAGGGGAAGGACAGGCCUCGCACGAGGGCGAGGGGUGGUGCAGUGGUAUACACGAAAGCAGGGACAGCGGUCUGGGCAAGGACAGAGGGGAGGACAGCGACGAGGGUCUGUACGAGGACCGAGGUGAAGGUCAGUACGAGGACGGAUAGAACGACGGUCGGCAUGUUAACCGAGAAGGACACGGCGAUGAAUAGGGAGGCGGUGAAGAUUAUAACAGCAGAUGCACAGGGCAUGAGGGACAGCAGACGUAACGUGGAAUGA